AUGAAAAACCUUGAUCCAGAAACAAAACCCACCGGCCUGUUUCCCCCCCGGAGAGCAGGAUGCCAACAUGAAGUCGACAAGAGCGAAUGCUCAGCAUUUACGGGGCCUCUAGCUUGGACACCGGUAGGAGCCUUAGCUCCAGGGACCGGGGCUACCUCUCCGCCGGGGUCCAGGCGGACCUGGUCGGGCCCUCCGCCGGACCCCGGUGAGGAGCUCACUCGAGAGGAGCGACUCAUCGAGAAUCAGGCGCUUCGGCACGCAGAUACUCCGGACGCAUGCAGCUCGGGACACUCAGCUCCCGACUUGGCGGACGCAUCCAGAGGAACGGAAUCCAGCCCGCGAAGACCAGGGCGGGGUCCCAGUAUUGGACUUCCCCAAGGCAGUCUAGAUGGAAGUCUCACCUGCGUCACUCAAGGCGGAACCAUUACGCAGGUGCCCAAGUUUGAUACGUUGAUGACGUUCCAUGAAGGGUAUCCGGCGGCCAGAAAUGAGGAUUACGAGGGCGCAGUAACUGACGUCUGGAACAUAAUCCUCAACCAUUAUUUCAAUCAGAGUAAUGGUUUUGUCCGCAGGACGGGGGACUUACUCGAAGAGGGCUUCAUUAUUAUGCCCAACACAGACAGGCGGCAUCUCAUCAAGGCUAUAGCGAUGUUAGCUCCUUUCCACAACGCAGACCGAGCAUUGUACAAUCCGGCCGGCUUCGAUGGGUUACCUCAGAGCUCCGCAUCCAACAAACGAUCCUUUGCGGCGCGAGACAAUUUCACCUUAAGACCUCUGUCAUGCCACAGAACCGAAGUCGAUCGGCUGGAGAAGGCCGCCGCUGCCGAAGAAGCGGAAGUCGCUCGCAAGCGCACCAAGGCCCAAGAGCUCCUCAAGACCAUCAAGGAGAAGGAGGGCAAGACUGGUGCCUUGGUUUUGAGAACCAAGGAAAUCGAGAUGAAUAUGGAGUAG